CACCAACCACUUUAUUAGGUACACUUAAACGGGACAGAAAUGUAAAAAGUGUUCAAGUUUCCAUUCCCCCCUCAUUAUUUACAUAUUAGUAAGUUAUUUGAUGCUUUUCUUCCUCACCACUUUAUUAGGUACACCUGUUCAACGACUCGUUAAUGCAAAUAUCUAACGAGGCAAUCACGCGGCGGCAAUUUGGUACAUUUCAGCAUGUAGACAGACGACUAGCAACACAACGUGAUAGAAAGAUGAUUUAAGAGGUUUUAAAAGUGGCACUGUUGUAGAUCUGAGUGAUCUACUUGGAUUUACGUGCACAAUCAUCUAGAGGUUUUUACAGACAAUGGAGUGAAAAAGAGAAAAGACCCAGUGAGGGGCACUUCUCUGGGGGAAAAUUACAUGUGGAGAAUGAUCAGUGGAUAGUGGAUUAAAAUGAUAGGACAACUGUAACCCCUGAGAGUUUUGUAGGUGUACCUAGUAAAGUGACAGGUGAGAAUAAGUAUUAUAAACAUGUAUAUUGUAGUAUUCCAGCGCCUGAGUGACAGUUCACCUCAUGACCAGCGCCUUCAGCUUCCUCCUGCCACUUUAAAUCUCCAUGACGUGCUUCAUGUUUCAGCCAUAAUGACAUUCCAGCGCAGUAAUGUCUAAACCGCCACUCUCUGCUCAGCCGGACUGACAGGUGCUCAGCCGGACUGACAGGUUGUAAAUGAGAUGAGGUUUCUGUGGCUUCUCUACCAAGAAAGGUCAGAGGGAUGAGUUCAGAGAGACACAAGAGCAGGAGGGGACACCAAGGUCAGCGGCGGACAGCUGAGAGACACAGAGCAGAGAGGGGGACACCUGCGGUUCACACACAGAGAAAGAGCUCCUCGGUCAGUGUUGAGACAUCAUGGCACAGCAGGUCAGCGGAUCUCCGUUCCUCAAACCUUUCUUCCUGAAGACGCCGGUUAGAGUGGUCAGUCCUCUGCAGCAGAGGCGACACACGCUGCCCGCCAGCGAGUUCAGGAACCUGACGCCGCAGGACGCCAUCAGUGUGUUUGAGAUCGAGAGAGAGGCUUUUGUCUCCGUCUCUGGAGAGUGUCCACUCACGUUGGAUGAGGUGCUGAACUUCUUGAGUCAGUGUCCGGAGCUUUCUCUGGGAUGGUUCGAGGAGGGACAACUGGUCGCCUUCGUCAUCGGCUCCGGCUGGGACAAGGAUCGUCUCUCACAGGAGGCCAUGACUCAGCACGUCCCCGACGCCAACGCCGUUCACAUCCACGUGCUGUCGGUGCACCGUCACUGUCGCCAGCAGGGCAAAGGCUCCAUCGUGCUGUGGCGUUACCUGCAGUACCUGCGCUGUUUGCCCGGCGCGCGGCGAGCGCUGCUCAUCUGCGAGGACUUCCUGGUGCCGUUCUACCUCAAGGCCGGCUUCAAGGAGAAAGGCCCGUCGGCCAUCUCCGUCUCCAACAUGCAUUUCCAGGAGAUGGAGUACACACUGGGCGGGCAAGCGUACGCCCGGCGGAACAGCGGCUGCUAGUCACUCGCUCUCAUCUCCCACCGCUGCUUCCCCCAAAAAACCCUUCAAUUCACCCGUUCACUCACCACUUAAAAUGGACUCAUGGACAGAAUUUAGCACCGUGGACUUUAAAAGGAGUGAGGGCUGUGUGUGUGUGUGUGUGUGUGUGAGGACUCACUAAUUCAUGCUUUGCUGUCACUAAUCAGAUUAUUAUCCUUUUGUCACCCUGUAGCAUAUCGGUACAAAGAGGUGUGACCAACAGACGCAGAUGAUUAACCUACAACCAGUCAGAGCAAUUAUCUGGACACCAAACAACAGAAAAGAAAACGUGGUGACGUUUAUUCUUUUACUGUUCUUCAACUCGCUCUUUGGCUUUUGACUUCCCUUGAAUGCAUUUUGUAUAAUAUUUUCUAGUAACUGCGUUGUGUAGAGUUACGGUGAACGCAUUUAAACAGCAUAUUUUAAAGUGGAAUGGACUGAGUAAAACAUGCUGUUUAAUAUGUAGCAGCUCUAAACGAGGCACUUACUAGAAAAUAUUGUACAAAUUGCACUAAAGUGUAUAGUUCCCGUUAUUUGAAGUACGAGAAAAUUUACUUGCCAAAUGGCGCUUUUCCACGACACAGUUCAGGCACGGCACGUUUCAGCUCAACUCUACGUGGUUUGAUAUGAUUUUCCACUAUUUAGUAGUAAGUUUGCGUAGUCAUCACUAAACUGCCGUGGCUUUGUUUUAUAUGCGACACAUACGUGACUAGUGACUUGUAAAGCAGUUG